GCGGGGACGAGCGCCGGGGAGCGGAGCCGUGCCGGGGCCGCGCCUGCCUCCGGCCGGGAGCUGCUCGCAGGGCUCCGCACGCCGGGCUCGGCGCGGGACGGGGCCGGCCAUGGAGAAGUUGUACCUGGCCGGGAGCGGCCUGUGGGCGGCCAACGGCUCGCUGGGGAACGGCAGCCUCCCGGCGGAGAACCAGACGGCGGGCAGGAACGGCACCGCGGACCCGCUGAAGAGGAACGAGGACAUGGCCAAGGUGGAGGUGACGGUCCUCUGCCUCAUCCUCUUCCUCGCCCUGACCGGCAACCUGUGCGUGCUGCUGGCCAUCCACACCACCCGGCAGAAGCACUCCCGCAUGUACUUCUUCAUGAAGCACUUGAGCAUCGCUGACCUGGUCGUGGCCGUCUUCCAGGUCCUGCCCCAGCUCAUCUGGGACAUCACCUUCAGGUUUUACGGACCGGAUUUCCUUUGCCGGCUGAUCAAGUACUUGCAGGUAGUGGGGAUGUUCGCCUCCACCUACAUGCUCUUGCUGAUGUCCCUGGACCGGUGCUUGGCCAUCUGUCAGCCGCUGAGGUCCCUGCACAGGAGGGCGGACCGGGUCUCCGUCCUCCUCACCUGGCUGCUGUGCCUGCUGGUCAGCAUCCCUCAGAUCCACAUAUUUUCUCUGAGGGAUGUGGGGAAUGGAGUUUAUGACUGUUGGGCAGACUUCAUCCAGCCUUGGGGACCCAAAGCCUAUGUCACCUGGAUAACCCUCAUGGUCUACAUCAUCCCUGUGUUGAUGCUGAGCAUCUGCUAUGGCUUAAUCAGCUUCAAAAUCUGGCAGAACGUGAAGCUGAAGACGGCUCACGGGCCCAACGUGGGUCUGAGCUCCAACGCCUGCAGCGGGACGGCGUUUGCCAGGGUCAGCAGCACGAGGCUCAUCUCCAAAGCCAAGAUCCGGACGGUCAAAAUGACCUUCAUCAUAGUGCUAGCUUUCAUAGUCUGCUGGACGCCCUUUUUCUUCGUGCAGAUGUGGUCCGUGUGGGACACGAACGCCCCGCAGGAAGCCUCUCCCUUCAUCAUCGCCAUGCUCCUGGCCAGCCUCAACAGCUGCUGCAACCCGUGGAUCUACAUGCUGUACACGGGGCACCUCUUCCACGACCUGAUGCGGCGCUUCCUCUGCUGCUCCACGCGCUACCUGAAGUCGCGGCCGGCGUGCGACCUGAGCGUCAGCAAGAAGAGCAACUCCUCCUCCUUCGUCCUCAGCUGCAAGAGCACGAGCCAGAGGAGCUUCACGCAGCCCGCCGCAACGUGAGGCACCGCCAGCCCGGCCCUGCGUCUCCGCCGUGCUGAGCACCUUCAGCACACCCCUGUAAAAAAGCUGUGACUGGGACCAGAGCGGGGAUUUCUGUGUAAAUAGGUGUAUAUAGGUCUGCGCGAGGGUGAGCAUGUACAGCGUUUGUUAUUUAACUGGGGCGGGAGCGAGUGGAAGACUUCUGUGCUCGGAAUUUCGGUGGUGUGUGGCGCUGAGCAGCACGAACCCGGUUCCGAGCCCAUUCGCCACUGAAGCGGGUGGCUUUCUAAACACACGAGGGGCAGGUUUUGUCCCGAGCAAUCGCCAGAGCUGGGCUCACCCCGACUGAAGGGAGCCCCCUCCCCGCUCCCCUGCGCUGCGCAGGCGGCACGGCUGGGACAGAGGGGGGAGCACGGGGCUGCAGGGCACCGUGGGGUGGGAUGGGGUGCGAUGGGGUGGGAUGGGAUGGGAUGGGGUGGGAUGGGAUGGGGUGCCAUGGGGUGCCAAGGGGACCCUCGGGCCAGGGCCGGGUGUCCCUGUGCCCACAGCUGUGCCCGGGAGUGCCGCCGGCUGGGCUAUGCACGCCGGGCAGUGAGAGCAAGGGAAGCAGACACGACUGUAGGAUCAGGGGAUGUGUGCAAUAAUACAUUUGCUGAACGCGCUCAAAGCUUCUAAAAGGCUGGCAUUUGGGAUUGCAUCUGGGCUCCAUGGGAUUGAAAAACUCCCGUUAAGUCCCCCGAGGCCGAGCUUUUGCUUUGGGUUUACUGUAGAUAGCAGUUAGUCUUUUACACCAAUGCAAUCUUGCUUUGUAGUGCACGAGGUCAUGCUUAUGGCAUGGAUUUUUAUUGCAAAGAAAUACCUGUAAAUAAA